AUGCCGAACAGCAUCAUCACGGACAACGGCACCAACUUCACCAAGGGCGCGCUCACGCAGUACUGCUCCGUCUCCGGCAUCCGCCUAAACCUGGCUUCCGUCGCACAUUCGCAGUCCAACGGCCAGGUCGAGCGGGCCAACGGUCUCAUCCUAUCCGGCACCAAGCCGCGACUCGUCGAGCCGCUCAUCCGUUCACCCGAAGCCGUCAUCCCGACCGACGUCGAGUUUGACUCACCGCGCGUCACGAUGUACACGGAAGCCGAAGCAAAAGAAGCCCGUGAAGACGGCGUCGACCUGCUCGAAGAAGCGCGUCUCCUAGCGCUCAGUCGCUCAGCCAUCUACCAUCAAGGUCUGAGGCAUUACCUUAGCAAGAAGAUCAAGCCCCUCCCUUUCCGAGAGGGAGACCUCGUCCUCCGACUCGUCCAAGAGCAGACUGGCCAACACAAGCUGUCCUCCCCAUGGGAGGGCCCCUUCAUCGUCAGCAAGGCCUUAUGCGACCGCAACGCGUACUACCUCAUUGACACCCGCAAGACAAACAAGCGCAAGAGGGACACCGCCGGCGAAGAAACAACCCGGCCAUGGAAUGCGGAGCUCCUCCGCCCAUUUUACAGUUAG